AUGGUGGAUGGUGCAAAGGAUGAGUGUUGGGAGUAUCGCAACAAAAGAUCGUUGGAAUGUCGAAUUAAAGUUAUUGAGAAGGCUAUAAGAAAAUUAAAUUGUUGUGUACGUCAAGUUGAAAAUUUGCAUCCUAGUGGUGCUUCAGAUAAAGAUAUUAUUGAUCAAGCAAAAUGUUUACUUAUGCAAGAUCCGAACUACCAAAAAGGUUUUAAAUUUGAUCAUGUGUGGGAUAUGAUGAAGGAUUUUGAGAAGUUUAAAGAUGUCGAUGCUGGAAGUAAAAAAGUGAUUCCACAUCAUCACAACGACUUAUUGGGGUGAAGAAAGCAAAAUUGAAGAGAAAAAUCGAAGAAGGUUUUUCAUCUGCUAUGCAAAUGGUCCAAUCGUAAAAUAAUCGGCUUGUUGAGUUGUUGGCAAAGUCGGUCAUGAGGCAAACA